UAUAUCAUAAACUGUAGAACAGAAUCCAGUUCGUCAGAUACAUAGUGUUAUCCUCUACACAUAGUACAGAAGAAAACAUGUGUAAGCUAGUGGAAAUUAGAUUUAAACAGGUCAGAAGGAAGUUGAACCUGAAGGAAUACCAAAUUAUAAGGACCAUUCAUAACUGUAGACACUGAUAAAAGCAUAAACGUUUCAACUAAGCAAAUUAAUUUCCUCUUUUGUUGAUAUAAGUCUAACAAAUAAACCCCGUUUCUUUUUGCACCGGUGCAACUUGUCUAAAGCAAGAUGACAUUCAUUUGGGCUCAUUUAUUUGCCUAAUAAUGACAAAUAUUACAUGUAAAAAAAAGAAAAAAAGAAAAAGCCAAUCAGGACGCAGCAGGGUGAGCGACAGGUAAAAAUCGAAUCCCGACUUCGCGCCCGCUAACUAUAUUUCCCAGAAUGCCAAGCGAGACGAGCCGGCCAACCUACCCAACUCCCGGAGGUUCCUUGCCCCCCGCCCGCCGCGCGAUGUCAUUGGGUCGUAACUCUGAGUGAUCCCUCGGUCGGCCUAGCUCGCGCCCAAUCCAGUCCAGCCUGGGGCUCUAGGCGAUGGCCGCGGCUGGGAUCCUCCUGGCCGCCGCUCUGGGGGGAGGGUUGCUUUUCAUCGCGCGGUGCUUCUCUUCGGUGGCCAGAAAAGUUGCGCUGAGGAUGCCGGUUGGCCGCCCGAUGGAGGGCAAGACUGCCAUCAUCACCGGAGCCAACAGCGGCUUGGGGCGGGCCACGGCGGCCGAGCUCCUACGGCAAGGCGCGAGGGUCAUCAUGGCCUGCCGGGACUGCGGCCGCGCGGAGGAGGCUGCCCGCGAGCUCCGCGCCGAAGUGGGCCUCUGCUCGCGCGGCGGCGGCGAGUGCCGCGGGGAGUUGGUGGUGCACGAGCUCGACUUGGCUUCGCUCCGCUCCGUGCGCAGCUUCUGCCAGCAGGUGCUGAAGGAAGAACCAAGGCUGGAUGUUCUGAUCAACAAUGCUGGGAUAUUCCAGUGUCCUUAUAUGAAGACAGAGGAUGGUUUUGAGAUGCAGUUUGGCGUCAAUCACUUAGGUCACUUUUUGCUCACAAAUCUUCUCCUGGGUCUUCUAAAAAGUUCUGCUCCCAGCAGGAUUGUUGUGGUAUCCUCCAAGCUUUACAAAUAUGGAGAAAUCAACUUUGAUGACUUAAACAGUGAAUUAAGUUAUAACAAAAGCUUUGCUUAUAGUCGAAGUAAACUGGCCAACAUAUUGUUUAGCAGGGAAUUAGCCCGACGCAUAGAAAACACAGGUGUCACUGUGAAUGUAUUACAUCCUGGUAUGGUCAGAACAAAUCUAGGUAGGUAUAUACAUAUUCCUUUAUUAGCCAAGCCCCUUUUCAGUUUGGUAUCUUGGGCAUUUUUCAAGUCUCCAUCAGAAGGAGCCCAGACCAUUGUUUAUCUGGCCGCUUCUCCUGACAUAGAGGGUAUAUCUGGGAAAUAUUUUGGAGACUGCAAGGAGGAGCAAUUGUUGCCCAAGGCUACAGAUGACUUGAUUGCAAGAAAAUUGUGGGAUAUCAGUGAAGUGAUGGUGGGAUUAUUAAAAUAACCUAGAAGAAGCACUUUAUUGAAACAAUGGUCAAAGCUAUUUUUGAGGCUUUCGUUAUGUUCCUUGCACUUUAUCCCCUUGGUUUUUGAGACACUUAUUUUGGGAUUCAGAGCAGUCCGUGUCGAAUCUUGAUUCUUUCCAUUUUUUUUUAAACAAAAAUUUCCAUAUAAAGAAAAUGUAAUAUUUAAUUAAAAGAAUUAGAGUAUAAGAAAAUGUUAAUAUAUUUCAAGAGAGAUAUAUAAAUAACUCUUCUGUGAAAAUGGAAAAAAGAAAAAAAAGAAUGGCUAUUUUCAAAUUGUGGGCUCAGAGUUCAGUGCUUCAUACCUGAAUUAGCUGUGCAUGGUGCUAUAUUUGAAAUGUGUUGCAGCAAUGUUCUAUUAAAACAAAAGAAAAGAGACCUAUUUUCUAUGUCUCA